AUGGAGUUUUCAAUCGCACCGGACGAAGACUCCCGCCUCGAGGAAGCCCAAGAGCAUUCCAGCUACAAAGACGACGGAGUCGCACAUGACACCGUCGAUAAUUUCGUCGACGUCCGGCGAACUGCUGUCGGCAGCAGAGUCCAAAUCCACGCGCAGCUCAAGGAAGAAGAUAAACCCAAAGAGCCCAAUCAGAAGGCGGAGAGUGAAGCGGCGGAUGGAAAGCCUUUUGAUUCCGCCGAUCCAAUCGUUGCCGUGAAGGAAGAGCAACGGGAAGAAUCCGAUGAGAAACCUUUACCUACCGCGAUUGCAGCGGUUCCUUUAACCGUGGUCCCGGCGGAGCAGCAUCGUGAUGUAAAAAUGGAAUCAACAGAGAUGGAAGCGGCUGAGAUUUCGGCCGGAGGUAUGCGGACUGUGAAAGACGAGCCUAUCGAAACAGAGAUGGUGUCGGUAAAAGAAGAGCCAGCGGCUGAAAUGCCGGCGACGGUGGAAGAGAAGCCUGUUGAGGCAGAGACGGCGACAAAAGCAGAGGAGCCUGUGCAUAUGGAGACAGAGGAGACGGUGGCGAAAGACGAAGCAGCUCGACCGGCAGAUACGGCGCCAUCGGCGAAGGAGAAAACAAACCCCGUGGAGUCGGAGGUGAUAGUGAUUAAGGAGACGUCCGAUAGUGGCGAUAAGAAGAAACGGAGCGCACCGAAGGUCCCGGAAAAGCCGGCGCAGAGGAUCAUCGACGGCCGCGUGGUGGAAGACGGGGAGUUCCCUGAACAGCAGGGUUACUAUCUGGUGGGUAGAACGAUGGUGACCGCGGUUUCCACCUCGAAAGGCAGGAAAUUGGCUGACAACGAGAUCGUCUACUUCAACUACUCCAAGUCGAGUUCUAAAUACAAUGCUCAAUGGAUCGUCCGCUUCUCAACCAAAAGAUCUGGGGAGGUUGGUCGGCUUCCAAUGGAAUGGGGGAAAUGUGUCGUUCCGCUUGUGAGCUCCAACAAGGUUAAAGCUCUCGGAAGAUGCGUGGCCGCCCCGCCUACUCUUCAUAUGAUGCAGGAGGUUUACUUAUAUGUGAGCUUCUAUGUUCACCGAUCAAUAUUCAUAGCGUUGGAGAGCUCGACCUGGACGCUGGAAUCAAACACAUACAUCGAUCCUUCAGUUUACCCUCUCCUUAGCCUGUUUAAACUGCUGGAACUUAAACCAUACCAAAAGGCUGAGUUCACUCCAUCGGAGCUUCACUCAAGAAAACGUGGUUUGAAGCUUGAGGCAGACGAUUCAGUUGAAGCGUUACACCUUGUUAAGAAGAGAAAAGGCGCAGGAGUUCAAAUUCCUGAACAAGACAAGGAUGAACAAGCCUUUUCUGAGUCGACCUUGAACAAGAUUGUUGGUACUGCUGAAGUUUAUGACCUAAUGGAAAUGGAGGCGCCACACACUUUAACCUGCCAUUUAAAGCCAUACCAGAAACAGGCUCUUCGAUGGAUGUGUGAAUCAGAAGAGGGGAUGGACGAUGAGAGAGCAUCCAAACUGCUACAUCCAUGCUGGGCUGCAUAUAGUAUAUGUGACGAAAGGGCAGCCUCUAUUUACGUUAAUAUUUUCUCUGGAGAAGCCACCUUUCAGUUUCCAGCUGCAACUCAGAUAACAAGAGGAGGGAUUUUGGCAGAUGCAAUGGGUCUUGGAAAGACUGUAAUGACGAUUGCUCUAUUACUUGCAAAACCAGGCAGAGGAAGUAUCGUUUUGCAGGAUGGAGGGAGCAGACUCCAUAGGCCUCGUGGUGGGACUCUUAUUAUUUGUCCCAUGGCAUUGCUUCACCAGUGGAAAGAUGAGCUCGAGACACAUGCAAAGCCGGGAAGUAUGUCUGUGUUUGUUCAUUACGGCGGUGAGAGAAUGAAUGAUCCAAGUUUCAUUUCUGGAUAUGAUGUGAUAUUGACAACUUAUGGUGUCCUAACGGCAGCUUAUAAACAAGGUUUGGAGGCGAGUAUUUUUCAUAAGGUAGAGUGGUUUCGGGUUGUGUUGGAUGAGGCUCACGCCAUUAAGUCCCCAAAAUCACAAGGUGCUCAAGCUUCCUUCCAGUUAUCGUCGCAAUACCGCUGGUGUCUCACAGGGACACCUCUUCAGAACAACUUGGAAGAUAUUUAUAGUCUUCUAUGCUUCUUGCACGUUCAACCUUGGUCCAACUGGUCAUGGUGGAACAAAUUGAUCCAUAAACCUUAUGAGAAUGGAGAUCCUAGAGCCCUUAAACUGAUUAAAGCCAUCCUGAGGCCACUGAUGCUGAGGAGAACCAAGGAAACCAAGGACAAUUACGGAAGGCCGAUUCUUGUUCUUCCACCAACUGAUAUUCAAGUGCUUACAUGUGAGCAAUCAGAAGCUGAACGCGACCUAUAUGAAGCCCUUUUCAGGAGAUCAAAAGACCAAUUCGAUAGCUUAGUGGCAGAAGGCCAAGUUCUUCAGAAGUAUGCCUCAGUCCUUGAGCUACUACUUCGUUUGAGGCAGUGUUGCAACCAUCCUUUUCUUGUCAUGAGUCGAGCUGAUUUACAGAAGUACUGGGACUUGAACAAGCUCGCCAAACGGUUCUUUGACACAAAUGAUGAUUCUGCCUCCUCCACUGAGGCAACCGCUGCAACUCAAGCCAACAGUGAAGAAGCUGUAGAAGGAAUGCGAAAAGACACCGAAUGCCCCAUCUGCUUGGAGUCAGCAGAUGACCCAGUUUUCACUCCAUGCAAGCAUAGAAUGUGCAGAGAAUGUCUCCUCACCAGCUGGAAAACACAUACAGAAGGGCCUUGCCCACUGUGUCGAACUUUAGUGAGCGAAUACGAGCUACGAGCAUGUCCAUCGGGGACCAAGUUCAAGAUCGAUAUUCACAAGAACUGGAAAGGUUCGUCCAAGAUCACUAAGCUCCUGGAUUGCUUGGACAGAAUUGAUGCUUAUUCUGGGAGAAGAAAGCACAGGGAGAGAGUUUUGAAGGAGUUCAAUGAGAGCAAUGUGAAAAGGGUGCUACUGAUGUCUCUGAGAACUGGUGGGGUGGGGCUGAAUCUAACUGCUGCUUCAAAUGUGUUUAUAAUGGAUCCAUGGUGGAAUCCUGCAGUUGAAGAACAGGCAAUCAUGAGAAUUCACAGGAUAGGACAAAAGAGAACCGUGAGAGUUAGAAGAUUCAUUGUCAAGGGCACGGUGGAGGAACGGAUGCUGCAAGUUCAUGCUAAGAAGGAGAAGAUGAUUGCCGGAGCUCUCACCGACGAUGAUGUCCGGUCGGCCAGAAUUGAGGAACUCAAGAUGCUUUUCAGAUAA